CAGAAGUUCAAACAGUUCUAUAAAUUAAAGGAAAGCUCGACACCAUAAAGUUUUCACUAUUGAUAUCCCCAGGAACAAAACCAAAUACGAAAAACGCUUUUUCGCUCAGAAGCGAUGCAGUUCAAGUUUUCUCUUCAACCGAUCAUUAGUAUUCUCUAUAUCUUCCUUGGAAUUAUUCUCCCACCAUGUUUCUGUUGCACCGACGACGAUAGUCGACACAUCAAAUUCAAGGACCCAAUACCGAACAUGGCCAUGAAAAGUCACGCGAUCAAAAUUGCAGAGGUGCCAAACGAAGGGAGCUGCAAAGUAAUGUGUUUGAUGGAGCCUAAUUGUGUAUCCAUCAAUAUUGGAUCUGUUGAAGGAGGGAACCAAAAAUGCGAGUUGAAUAACGCCACGGAGGAAAACUAUGCUCCAUUUCUUCUCGUGAAAACUCCGAGUUACACAUAUCUUGCAAUCGAGAAUCCAUGCAGCAGUAGCCCAUGCUUAAACAAUGGCAUCUGUCAAGCUGGAUUCACCUAUAAAGGUUUUCGUUGUGUCUGUCGGGAAAGAUUCACUGGAGAAACCUGCCAAGUCAGUGAAGUCAAAAGGAAUUGCGCAGAAAUCUACAAAUCCGCGGGUAAACCAACUGACGGUGCGUACACCAUUAAACCUGAUAAUUUGCCUGCCUUUGAUGUAUUCUGUGACCAAACAACAGCCGGUGGUGGUUGGACAGUGUUCCAGAAAAGACUGAACGGCUCAGUUGAUUUCUACCGCUACUGGAACGACUACAAACAUGGCUUUGGUGACCUGAAAAGUGAGUUUUGGUUGGGACUGGACAAGAUUCACCGGCUGACCUCAGAUAAUAACAGCAUGCUGCGUGUGGACUUGGAGGACUUUGAAGGGAACACAGCUUAUGCCGAGUAUAACUUGUUUGGUGUUAUGAGUGAGAAAGACAAGUACAAGCUGAUCCUUGGUUCUUAUUCAGGAAAUUCUGGUGACUCUCUUGCUAGGCAACGCGGUUGGCCGUUCACCACUAAAGAUCAAGAUAAUGACAAUGAGGGAGAAUACAACUGCGCCAUUAAGUUCAAAGGAGCCUGGUGGUACGAGCAUUGUCACUACUCAAAUCUCAAUGGUUUAUAUCUUCGUGGCCAGCACUCCUCCUUUGCUGAUGGAGUGAACUGGUUUCACUGGAAAGGAUAUCAUUACUCUCUAAAGAGAACCGAGAUGAAAAUAAGACCAGUGGAUUUUUGAACUGUCAUAAUUAUGGCACAACAAUGAUACAGCACCAACUUUAACAAAAGACACCAGUGUCUCGAUCAAGUCUAUUUAGCAUUUAAUAAUCACUCUUAAAUUGGAGCUUAGCGAAAUGCUGUUCAGGUUUUUCUUGCUUCUUUGUGCGUGUUUUUUAAAAUAGGAAUAGCUGAUUCUGUAAAAUUGGCCAGUUAAUCGAUGAUAAUAAUAAUCAUAAUAGUAAUAAUGACUUGAUCUAUAUAACGGUACAUGCAAAAAGCUCCUUAUCAUAGUUGGAAAUUGACAGUGAAUCAUAAGUAGCUCAGAAAAAAUGCGUCUUCAAUCUUUCUUCAAAAAACAGAAACUGAUAGACUCAGUUUAAGGUUUAUGGGUGAGACAUUCUAUAGCCUGGAGGCAGCGGCUGCAAAGACCCUGUCUCCAUAAAAUAUUAGGUGGGUCUGAGGUAUUCUCAAGAGUUAUGCUCGAAUCUCAAUGGCUUGUAUCAUCAUGGCCAUCACGCCUCCUAUGCUCCUACAAUCUCGGUUAUACAAGUUUUGAUUCUUUAAAUUUUUUACUCGUCUUUCACUUAACGGAACACAAAGCGAUCACACAGCCUUCAUUUUUCAAAGUCAAUAUCAAGAAUAAACCUAGUCGCUGAUUCAGUUCUAGUUCCCUUUGAUUUCUAUAACGAAACUCCAAACAAUUACCCAAUGUUUUGACUCUGAAGAACGCUAUCAGAAAAACAAAUAUUUCAAGUUCUAGUGUACACUGGAAUGCAGUAACGUAAUGUCGAUGAUUCUAAAUUGCUUCAUAUAUUGCUUUUAUUUGUAUUUCCUUAGCUUUUGUUAAAGUAAAUACCUUGCACUGCUAUUGAUAAACAUAUUGCAAUUUAAGUACACAUUGUCACGCCCAAGGUCCAUUUUGUAGAUACGGCUCAUCAGGUGAUUAUGUUACAAAGUGAGUUUGUAGAAAUAACAAAUGUAAGGAUGAGUAGGUGAAACAUGUUUUGUUUUA